AUGAUUAACUUUUUAGCCAUAGUAACUCCGGGUUUUUCUACGACAAAUGAUAUUAUUAUUUCAACUGAUAGUCUUGAUGAAAAACUUGAUAUAUCAAUUGAAGGACUUCGAAAUAAAGAUUUAAAAACCCGUGAAAAUUCAUUACGUACAUUACAGACAUUAUUUUCUCAAAAAUAUAUAUACGAUCUCGUAUCUAGCCGAAGUGAAAAUUUAAUUGAACAAUUAGUAACAUGUUUAAGAAAAAGUAAUGAAUCUGAAGGACAAUUAGCAGCUAUUGUUACAUCAUUAUUUAUAAUUCAACUUGGUGAAUCAAAUGAUGAAUUAUUUAUAAAAUUUCGUGAUGCUAUUAUACCAAUAUUACGAGAUGAAUCAAAAUCUUCAUCAUUAAGAAAGAAUUAUGCUAAAGCAAUAGGUAUUAUUUGUUUUGUUGCUUGUGAAGAUAUUUCAGCAACUGUUGAAUUAAUGAAAACAUUAGAAACAAUUUUUUCUCGAUCAUAUUUACAUGGUGAUGGUACAGUACCUAUUAUAAAUCAUGAUUUACAAGAAUUACAUACAGCUGCACUUGCAUCUUGGUGUCUUCUCAUAUCAACUAUGCCAAAUAAUAUAACACAUGAAUUGAUACGAACAUAUGCACCAGCAAAAAUUCCCGGUCUUAUUGAAUCUAAUAAUUCUGAUUUACGUAAUCAAGCAGGUGAAACAGUUGCUGUUUUAUAUGAAAUAGCACGUGAAAUAAAUAGUGUAUUUGCUGAACCACCUGAAUCAUUAUUAAUAACAUUAGAAAAAAAAGCAAAUGAAAGUGCAAAAUAUAAAGGAAAAAAAGAAAAACGUGUACAACACGCUACAUUUAGAGAAAUUUAUAAUUCAUUUGAAGAAGGUACAUCACCAGAAUUUGAUAUUAAAUUUGGUCGUGAAAUAUUAGAAAUAACUUCAUGGACAAGUAGACUAUAUUAUAAUACAUUCAGUAAUUUAUUAGCUGCUGGAAUGAAUGUUCAUUUGAAAGAAAAUGGUUUUCUUCGUUCCGUAUUCAAUUUGGAUGAUUUAGAAAUUGACGACAUGCAACAAUCGAAAAGCAAUCGAUUCGAACGGCAUUUAGCCAAAAAAGCUGCCUUCAAAGUUCGUACUCAAGCACUGAAAAAAACUCGUGCUAAUAAAGCUAUACGUAGUCAAUAUGAAGAUUAA